AGUAGUUUCGACGCCACGCAACAAAAUCCUGAACAACGUCGUGUCAUCGAGAGUUGAGAGGCAUUAUUCGUACGGUUGGACUUUCGAUAGGUACUGGGCAUCCCGUGACCAGCCGAUCGGUCGGAAUAUCUCCAGUUCUUCCGUGCCGCCAUUGUUCGCUGUUACUGGCAUCAUUAACUCUAUCAUCCCUCCCCAGCUUCGUCACCCUCGGUCGCUUUUGAAAUCUUUCUUUUCUUUGCUUCUUAUCUCUCCUUUCUUUACGCCUUUGCUUACGAGUACCUCUUUUCACCGAUCGAACACCGCCAAAGUGUCGUCCUUACUGAUGCCCCGUGCUAUCUCCUUCCCACCGGAGGUUGACACAGGACCACACCGGCUAGCACCAGAUCAUAACAUGUCCCAGAGCAAGGCUGGCAGGCGGAGGAGGUCGAGCAGUAUCAUCUACCAGGAGCCUCCCGAGUCCAUUGAGCACACCAGCGACCAGGCGGCCCUCCCAAACCUGAAUGCGAACUGGGUUAAUGCUAAGGGUGCUUGGACUAUCCAUUUCGUCUUGAUUGCGGCCUUGAAGAUCUUCUACGAUAUCCUCCCCGGCGUUUCGCAAGAGACAUCAUGGACCCUCACCAACAUCAGCUACAUGUUCGGUUCCUUCCUCAUGUUCCACUGGGUGCGGGGUAUUCCCUUCGAAUUCAACGCGGGCGCCUAUGACAACCUUAACAUGUGGGAGCAAAUCGACAAUGGGGACCAAUAUACUCCGGCGAAGAAAUUCCUGCUUUGCGUGCCAAUCUGCCUUUUCCUUCUCAGUACACAUUACACCCACUACGACCUGACUUACUUUGUCAUCAAUUUCCUAGCUACCUUGGGAGUGGUCCUUCCCAAGUUACCCUUCGUCUCUUCUCCGACAUACCGGAAGAGUAGCGGAACGGCUUCCUCUUCUCUAUCCAAUGUUUUCUCCUACAGACCUUACUACUUUCCCGCCAAAUUAUCCUUUCCGUUGUGUUUUAUUCUUUCCUUUACUCUCUACUACUCUCUACUAUUCUCUACUUUUGUCAUAACUUUAAUACCUACCUGUUCAGGAGCCAUACUGCUGGCAGAUUUGGGCGGAGUCUAUUCUCCACCUCUUUUAUUCUGGGCGCGGGGAAAGAGUAUGAUUCUGAGAUUAGGCAUCAGAUCCCCUGCGACACGGGCAAAAAGCCACCCGCAGAACCAGAAACGACGCAAAAGAAUUGGGGAUAGACGGUGUUUGGCGAGGGCUUAUACAGGACAGAUAUUUAUUACAGAUAUCCCACUAUUCUUCCCAAGACAAUCUUCCUGCUGCUUCUUUAUAGCUGUACUUUACUUAGGUGUGUGCGCUGUCUGUGUCACAGGGCUGAUCUAA